UGGGCCUUCUGGGCUUCCUGGUCCUCAGCUCCGCCUCGCCUCGAUCUGGCCGGACAGGGGAAACACUUCUCAGUUAAAGAACAAAAGCAACAACGGACAGACCGAGGAGGACGGAGUAACGGCGACUCCAAUUCCGACCGGGACCUCACGGAUUGAGAGAUUUGUGCCCUCCGCGGAGAGAAAUUAGCCGACGACUGAACUCACACGAAAGGCGACAAACUUGGUCGCCUCGCAUCUUUGUAUCCCGCCCGUAAUCCGUCGAGGUGCGUGAUAAAUAAGACAAGGGUCAAACAGACAGACGGCAUUGUUUCCCUGCUCUUCCUUUUAAACUUCAGCCGUAAAAAAAAGGGGGGCGAAGUGGCAGCGGGGAAGCUCCGCGUUGCCUUUGUCUUCUUCUCGCUCAAACGGACCCCGGGGAUAAAGGGCUGUUUUGGCAUUUUCGGUUUCUGUUGUGGUAUCUGCCUUUUGUGAAGAGGCUACACUUAUCUUUUGCAACUGAGUACUUGGAAGUGGAACAAAGCACCGACUGGGAAAGGGGUGAGAAGGUGAAAGAGUCUAUUUUGAUAUCCCAGAUGGCAACCUACAGCGAACAUAAUGGCAGAAAUGGACUACUUGUGGGCGUGAAGGAGUCUUUUGAAGGAAAAGUAACAAAGACAGAAUGUGAAGGAAAGCUCGAAGCCAAACGGCCCUCCAAGGAUUUACACCACUCUGCCAGCUCAGCGGAAAGCAACACAAGCGGUGCGGCUAGUUUCACCACUAACCACAACUCUGUUGUGUGCCUGCCUCUGGUGUCAGAGGGACUGAAAUUGGUAUGGACACAGUCUGAUCAGACCCGUGAACUUGACACAAUACCAGAGCUGGUCCAAGCCUUUAAUUUAUUUCCAUACCCAUCAUCCCGUGAGGUUAACACCCUGGCCCGGGUAUGUGCCUUGCCACUGGACAAAGUUAAGGUGUGGUUCAUGGUGCAGAGAAUUAAAUAUGGUAUCAGCUGGUCUUCAGAGGAGAUAGAGGAAACACGGCGAAAGCUAGCAGUGCCUGAGCUUUAUGAUGACUCGACCGAAAGAACUGAGGAAGCCAAAAUAAAGAGCAAGAGCAAAAUUUGUGAGGAACUGGUAAAUGAGGAUAAGGAUAGCGAUGAAGUGGAGGGCGCUCUCUCCAGCUUUACCCCUCAGAAGAUGAAACCAAAGUGUGAGUCACCAGAUUCCUGUAAACCAGCCAAACCCACUGCUCCGUGUUUUAGUUCCACCCUUCCACCUCCUCAGGAUUCAUACUUCUACCGCCCACCAGCAGACACGCCAGCAAGUACAGUAACUGAUGUCUCCCUUGACCUUUCAGAGUCAUCUUCACGACAGCAUCGACACGGGCGCUACAAAAAGUCUAAAGCUCAACUGGCUGCCCUCCGAAAGAGCUUUCUGAGAGAGAACUGGCCUGCGGAGGCCGAGCUAAGACGUUUGCAGGAGGAAACCGGGCUGAGCCGCAAUGACAUUCGUAAAUGGUUCAGCGACAGCCGUUACCAGCUUAGGGUUGGCCGAGGAAGCCUGGCAGCAGCCCAGAGCUAUUCUCAACACACUGCUGUGGGAGGUAAACUUGAUCAACAAAGUCAACCUCUUCCACUUAUUACUCAAAAGACUCGUCUGCAUAACAGCGUGAAGGGCCAUGAGGGAACCCGUAGUAAUGGGACUAGAAAUUCACAUUUCUUUCAGACCUUUUUGUCAAACAGUCUGGAAGCAUUUGGAGAAAGGGGCCUUGAGGCAGAAGAGUGUGAUGUUAUGGAGGAGCUUUCUGGCGAUGGGGACAGUUUUAAAGACAAGGAUCAAAGUGAAGAACAACCCUUACAGUUAACCAAGACCUGCAAGAUUGAGCCAGACAUUACACAGGAACCAGGUGCAUUAAAAUCCUCUCCAUACUCUUCACCCCCUGGAAGCCCGCCUCUUACCAUUAAAACGCCUUCAAACAACAUCAGUUCAUCAAAGAAGUCAGCCCACUCAGCCAAAGCCAGUCCUUCACAGACACCUCUGCGCAUCUCGGGGGCUUCAUCUACAUCCCCGUCCCCAGCUCUCACCCCUGCUGGGCGACCGAGAAAGACCAAGGAGCAGUUGGAUGUGUUAAAGCAGCACUUCUUACGCUGUCAGUGGCCCAAGAGUGACGAUUACACUGAACUUGUUAAGCUUACGGGUUUACCCCGGGCAGAUGUUAUUCAGUGGUUUGGUGACACACGGUAUGCUGUUAAAAAUGGCCAGCUGCGCUGGGUAAAAGGCGUCCGUGACCAGUUUUUGGCAGAACUCGCAGCCCAGCAAAGUAGCAGUGGUUUAACUAACGGGAGCGGCUCUGGGACAUCUAUGCGGGUUGGCGGCAGCCGCAAACGAAAAUCUCAAGCAAAUGGAACGAGUACAGAUUCCCCUAAUACCCAGCCGUUGGUAGCAUAUUACCUUUCAACAGGCUCACUACAUGAAAAAGACCUUGACUCUCUAUGCAAGAAAUCCAGAAUGAGCUACCAGCAAGUGCGAGAUUGGUUUGCAUCACAGGAUGGUGGGGAGACUGACCAAGAACCUGUUAUUACUGAUUGAGACACUGGAAGCAGACUUCAGAACAUUGAUAAAAGUAGGUGGAAUGCUCCUCACAUCCUUUGCACCAACAAGCAUAGUUCUUACUUUGGUUUAAAUUGCUUUAAUUGAGGCAGGUUUAUAACAUCCAGUCUUCCCUGUACAAGCCCUAAAUGAGGUUUGUGUUUGUUUUUUUUAUAUAUAUAUAUGCUGCAUUUCCUGCUUAUCCUAAUAUAUUUCGACUUGAAUUAUAAUUGUGCUGCCUGUGUUGCUGUAAAUAGGGCAGUAACUUGUACACUGGUUUGUGAUAUUUUUCGAGCUUAUUAUUUUGGUUUAGAUAUCACUACUUCAGAUUUUUUUUAGUAUGCUAUUGUAGCAGUAUAAUUUAAACUGGUUGUACUUUUGGUACCUGACUAUAGCAGACAAGUAACUGCUCCAGAAAAAUGUCUAUGUGGAUGAAUAUGUUGACUGAUCACUGUGUGUCAUCAUUCCUUUACAGCCAGUAAUUCCUUAUCAUGAAAAGCACACUGGACAUGAUCACUUCAAAUUGACAUCUUGCACUUUGGUUUUAGAGCCUGCUGCCAUUAUGUUCAUUAAAUCCAAUUCUUUUACAAAAAAAAGAUGAGUUCCAAACCAAACAGUGUCAUGCUUGAUCCCUUAACACUGAAACUUUGGAUCACGUCCUUUGAAAACAGGAAGUAUUGUCGCAUCAAAUCAUACUAAUGCAUUUAGCAUAUUUCUGAAACACAUUCCUGAUUCUCUCUUAGUCUACUGUGAUAUUUGAUUUACUAUUUGAAUACUUUGCUUGUCUUUUACAUUUAACUGCACCUUUUUUAACAGUAAAGAUUAACAGUACUAAGAAAGCAGCAAUCACAUUAAUAUCAUACAUGUAUCAGAAUUGCCAACUUCGAUUUGGAUUUGCACUCAUUGAUUCAGUCAGUAUUUUCAUAGCUCUUUUGUCUUAUUAGGUGUAGGGCAUGACUUGAUGGUUUAAAAUAUAGACAAAGUAGAUAACUGAUGAGGGUCCAUGUACUUUGUAAGUAGUAAAGGAUUUGAAUCCAAAGAAGAAUUACCAUUCUGUUUCUGUUAACUCAGAUAAUGAACUACAGUGCAAACGUUAUACAUUUGGGUUAUCUAUUCAUGUAUUUGUUAGCUAUUUCAUACAUUUCUGUGAGUUGCAAGAAGAAACUCCACAGUCUAAAGUACUUCUGAGUCGACCUGCAGGGGGUGAAGUUGGCUUUAAACAGAGUCAGAGUUUAGUUCCUUAGAAAUGUGUGGAGAGAGGUUAGAUGACCUGAACACAAAGCAGUGUGCAUCGCUGUGCUUUGUUGUCCUGUUAGUCACGAAAAGUUAACGCAAGUGUCAUGCUGUGGGGAAAAGUCCAUUACACUUAGUGUCUUCAUUUCCAUUUGCAGUUUUCAUUGUUUUUUUUUUUCCUGUUUGAAAAAAAUAUCUCAUUUGCACAACUGUGUCACUGGAAACCAGUAAAGGAUUUGCCUUUA